AUGUCGCAUCCGGAGCACGACACGGCUACUCCAAGCAUGACAAGACCUCCAACUCCAGUCAGAUAUGGAGUGUAUGAUUGCCUCAACCAGGUGGGCGAAGGCACCUUCGGGCAGGUCUGGAAGGCGCGGAAUACCAGCAGCGGUACUGUUGUUGCGCUCAAGAAAAUCCGCAUGGAGGCUGAACGCGACGGCUUCCCCGUGACAGCCAUGCGCGAGAUCAAGCUCCUGCAGUCCUUGCGGCAUGAAAACAUCGUGUGCCUCUAUGAGAUGAUGGUAUCCAACGGCUCUGUCUUCAUGGUGUUCGAGUACAUGGACCAUGAUAUGACUGGCAUCUUGUCGCAGACACAGUACACGUUCACAGAUGCGCAUCUGAAAUCGUUCUGUCAGCAGAUGCUCGCGGGUCUAGCAUACCUGCACCGCAAGGGCGUCAUCCAUCGGGACAUCAAGGGCUCCAAUAUCCUCAUCAAUAACGCCGGGGUCCUCAAGCUUGGAGACUUCGGACUGGCUCGCUUCUACCAGAAACGUCGGAAGAGUGACUACACGAACCGCGUCAUCACUCUGUGGUACAGGCCACCAGAGCUACUCCUUGGGACAACGGUGUACGGUCCUGAGGUGGACAUGUGGAGUGCUGGGUGUAUCAUGCUGGAGCUCUUUACGAAGAAGCCCGUGUUCCAGGGUAAUGACGAGAUUCAUCAGUUGGAUGUGAUCUACCGGAUUCUUGGUACACCUGUGGUCGAGCAAUGGCCGGGGAUGACUAGUUUGCCUUGGUAUGAACUGGUGAAGCCUAAGGAGUUGAUCCCGAAUCACUUCCGACAGUUGUUUGAGAAAUGGCUCUCACCAGCUGGGCUUGACCUAGCGGAGCGCCUUCUGACGUAUGACCCUGCCAAACGAGUCACUGCCUUGGAAGCUCUCGAGGCACCAUAUUUUCAGGAGGAACAACCGCGUCCCUCUGCACCAACAAACCUGCACACCAUGAAAGGCGAGUGGCACGAACUCGAGGCAAAGCGGGAACGUGCCAGGAAGCGGCGACGAGUGGAAGGGUAA